AGGCUGGAAUAUGGAUGUCAUUCCAAUGUGCAGUAUAUUCCAGGAGCUGCAAUGUGUCCUAGAUACGGGAUACCUGUCUGCAUUACCAUCUUUAGAGGAAUACUGGCAACAGAACACAAAUGAAGAUUGAAUUUAGAAGAAUAUUUCAACUCCAUGCAAGGCAAGUGAAUUGUGGCCAGAACUUGGAAGCUCCAAAAAGCACAUAAAGGCAGCGUAAAAGUAAUACGUUGUUAAAUUUAUGUCUUCAGAAGCGAUAUGAUAGGUGUGGGUGAGAAGCAGAUCAAUAUUUAAGUCCUUUUUUACUAUAAAUCUCCACCUUUGACCAGCCCCGACCAGUAGGUGGCGAUAUGCACAAAGAAUGUGAACGCCCAAAAACAAAAGAAGAAUGUGAAGGUAAAAGUGGAGAUUUAUAGAAAAAAAUGAUCUAAGUAUUGAUUUGUUUCUCACCCACACUUAUCAUAUCGCUUAUGAAGACAUGGAUUACGCCACUGGAGUCGUAUGGAUUACUUUUAUGCUGCCCUUAUGUGCUUUUCUAAAGAUUUUUGUCACCUUUCAAUUGCAUUGUAUGGACCUACAGAGCUUAGAUACUCAUAAAAAAAAAUCUUUGUUAGUGUUCUGCAGAAGAUAGAAAGUCAUACACAUCUGGGAUGGCAUGAGGACAUGUCUUGAGCUUGAGCGCUAUCUACAGAAUGAGCCCCACGUCUCUGCAGCUGAUCUGAGAUCAGUGUGUGAGUCCGACGAUCUGUGGGACCAGUUUCUGCAUUGCUGUGGGACAGCUGGAGCGAGUUCACCCCAGCAAGGAGUCUCCAUCACCAGGCAUGAGAGAAUCGUCAGGACCUCUCCUCCCCUGGAGCUUGAACAAUGUUUGUCAGUCGCCAGCAGUGAGACGUCAGACAGCUGCGAGAAGAUCAGACCAUCUGCUGAUGUGCACACAUACCCACUGGGUCAGCGCGUAUCUGAGCAGGAACAUGUAAUCACACACACGCACAUGCCGCUGUCCUGUUCCCCAUGCUCUGCCAAGGAGAUGACGAACAGAGCGGAACUUUCUCUUAUGGAUGGAUUUGUUGCAGGGGUCAGAGCAGAGGCUGUGAGAACGGGAGAGGAAGAGGUCAAAGGUGAGGAGUCACCUGAAGGACGAAGGAGGGCUCAUCGCUGUUACUUUAACGGGUGCAGGAAGGUGUACACUAAGAGCUCCUACCUCAAAGCACACCAACGCACACACACCGGUGAGAAGCCAUACAGUUGUUCGUGGGAUGGCUGUGAGUGGCGCUUUGCUCGAAGUGAUGAAUUGACAAGGCACUUAAGAAAACACACUGGAGCGAAACCCUUCAAAUGCAGCCACUGUGUCAGAUGUUUCUCGCGUUCCGAUCAUCUGGCCCUGCACAUGAAAAGGCACAUCUGAACGAACUUGAGGAGUGAUGGAUUGAAAGAGCGAAAGAAUGCCAAAUGAGCCACACUGUAAAGAAUCAAUCUGUAUCUGUGGCAGAAGGUGAAAGCUAAAAAAAAGAGGAGAGAAAUGGAAGAAAAUAAAACCAGGAGAGCACAAGAAUUAACAGAAUGUGUGUGUUUGUGUUUAUGUUUAUGCUAGACUAAUACCUUGUCCCAUAGGCCUGCACGACUGGUUGUGUAUGUGUGUGUGUGUGUGUGUCCUCCCUUUGGGGACAUUUUGGGACAUCCUCAUUUGACUGUGGUACAAAAAUGUAACAAAUAAGAUAAAAACAGGGACAUAUACACCCAGAGAGCAUGAGUGAGAAUGUGUGUGGUUCAGCAAAGAAUGCCUUUGUUGUUUUUGUUGUGCAGGAGUGUUAUUCUACAUGCCAAAGAGUGUGUGGGUAUUUGAGCCCAACAAAAGUGUGUUUGUAAUGGACUUAAUGGUAUAGUUUCUCUAUACCAUGUGUAUGCUCUAAACAGAUUUUGAUACAAAGUUAUUAUUAACCCUUAAAACUAAAGUUACACUCUGCUUUACCGUGCAGCGGAAAUGAUGUUAUCUAGAGCAGCUAUGUUUUUUGUGUUCUUCUAUAAUAGAGCAAAGAAUAAGUGUUUAAGUCAUAAUCACCCACUGUAGUUGUGAUUUGUGUGAAAGUGAAUAAAACGCACAGUUGUUGUAGC